GUUGGGAGUGGCAAAGGGCUUCUGGAAGUCCCGACGGCGAUGGGGUUCAGCCCCUUGAGGGAGUUCAGGGCGCUGCAUGUGGACCCGGUGCCCUCCUCCCCGUAGUUAUAAUCCCCACAACAGCCCUGCGGAGUAGGCUGGGCGGAUUCGUUGGGGCUCGCCCGGCUUCUGCCUGCCGCGCCCCAUUCUCCCCCCCCCACCCCCACGCAGCCAAACAAACGGGUGAAUGGAUGACCGGCCCUUUGGGCAGUCUGGAAGAAUUGAGGCCGCCUGCCUUUUGCACGGCAAAAAAUGCCCCUGCCUGGCGACUGCUGAUGACUGAGCUGCUCUGUGGGACAGCUUCCCAGCGCACCGUCCAUGGGGUCACCAGAGCACCAGCCAUUCUCCUGCUGUUGCUGAGUUUCCCUCCUUUGCCUUGUUCUCCCCUGUGAAUGUGAGGCUUAGGAAAGGCCCUGCAGAGGGUGGCAGGAAAGAUCUCUGUUUUGGUUAGUGGUAGAGCGUGGUCUGCAGGUAGCAUCUCCCCCAGGUAGGGCUGGAAUCUUGCCUGAAGCCCUGGAGAACUGCUGCCAGUCCAUGUGGGUGGGCAAGACGGAUCAAUGGUCUGACCCUGUAUUGGUCACCUUCCUAUGUGUGAUAGUUGACAGGGAAGCAAGAGACAUCUUUUAUGUUAUACUGUCCCGGUAAAUUCAGAUGGAAGACCUUUGUAGAAAUUUGUUGUUGUCGUUUAGUCGUUUAGUCGUGUCCGACUCUUCGUGACCCCAUGGACCAGAGCACGCCAGGCACUCCUGUCUUCCACUGCCUCCCGCAGUUUGGUCAAAUAUGUAGAAAUAGACGGUGCUUUUUUCCCCUGGGGAUACGCAAAGAUUGGAGCUGUGCAUGGCAAGUAGGCAGUGGUCUGGACUCAUUGCUGCAGUGUGGAUAGCAGCCUCCAUCCCGGCAAGUGCUUGUGCUCCUGGGUCGCCGGUCUUCCCCUCCAUCUCCACCUUCACCUUCAUGGAUGCUGCCUGGGUCCUCCCAAGCAAUCCCUGCUCUCUGGCUCUGUAGAAGGUGGGGUGGUGCCUGAUGCCUGUCAUCCCCAUCCCGCGGCGGGUCCGCUCUUUCCAUGGCCCCCACACAACAUGCCUGCACUCUGCAUGUGGGCCGGUCAGGACCACCCACUUGGUGCGCACCAAGUACAACAACUUUGACAUCUACCUGAAGUCCCGGUGGAUGUACGGCUUCAUCCGUUUCUUGCUGUACUUCAGCUGCAGCCUGUUUACCUCCAUCCUGUGGGUGGUGCUGUCAGUCUUGUUUUGCCUCCAGUACCUCAGCAUCCGGGUCUUUCUCCGUUUCCAGUACAAACUCACCAUCUUCCUGCUGUUGCUGGGAAGGAGGCGUGUGGACUUUAGCCUCUUCAACGAACUGCUCAUCUAUGGCAUCCAUGUCACCAUGCUGUUGGUGGGGGGGCUGGGCUGGUGCUUCAUGGUCUUUGUGGAUAUGUGAAUAAAUAAAAAACCAGUGCAUGCCGGUCAAGGAGGCAUGUUGGACUCUUAA